UUGUCGUAAAUUUUGGCCUGUGAAAAAGGGCAUAUUCAACUUGCCAAACUCACUUGCCAACAUGUAAGGGUUACAGAAAGAAGUUAGUAAACAUAAAAAAAUCUCAAGAUGGUGCCAAAGUCCUCUGGUAUAUUCUUGUUACCAUCUGAAACUUUAGAUUUGCUUGUCAGCUUGCAUAAAAAUUUUGCUUAAUGCUUCCAAUUUUUUGCCGUAACCCUCAUGUAACCUGUUGAUUUGAAACAUAGAAAAAUGGCAAUUCGUCAAAGAAAAGUGGAAAGAUCAGAAAAGAAGAACAUACCUCUUCCAAAAGCCCGAGGUGGAAAGAAAGAAAAUAAAUCUUGGUACAUCCUACUAAUUUUGCUAACUUUUAUUGGAUCAUUUUCUAUUGCAUAUUUAUGGCAUUAUUUUGUACAAGCUAGAGUUUAUACUCCAGUACCUUUACCAAAAGCAGUUGCUGUAACACAAGAUCAUCAUGAAGAUCUAAAAAGACUAUGGGGUUCUUACAGAUCACAUCUUUACUUUGGUAUGCGUACAAGAACUCCUAAUUCUCUUCUAUUUGGGCUUCUAUGGUUUGCACAGUACCCAAAAGACGGACAACUUCAUUUGAGAUACACAUGUGAACAGAGUGAUGGUCUGCCCAAAUAUGGAUGGCUUCAACAUGACGGACAGACAUUUGGAUCACAAGAAAUAGUUGAUGAUGAUUUUGUUCUAACCACUCAGUUUGUGAAACAACAUGGUGGAGAUCAUGGUGGUGACUGGACAGCACGUGUUAAAGGAGUGCCAAGGUUUCAACAGAAAAGUAGACAAUCAGUGUCACUCAUGUUUGCGGUGACCUAUGAAGGUGACGGUUGGCUAGACAGUGUUGUUAAAAAUGAAAGACUGGUUGAAAUUAACGGCCGCUCCUCUGUUCUCGGUCAAUUUAAAAUCAAAUUCGAGAAUCCAAAAGGGAACGUAAAACUGGAAAGUUUUCUAACUUCUUACGAAGAAGAUGUUUACAAUGCAAAGGAUGCUAUCUUAAACAGACUGCAGUACAAAUCAAGAAAGCAGAACAGCAAGCUUAUUGGAUUGAUUGGUAAUGCCCCCCAUGAAAGUGGGAAUCUUCCCAACUUUCAUGUUCAUCAAGUGACUUUAGAUUUACCCUUCGAAAUGGACGUUGUGUUCGAGUCGGAAAGCAACGAAUAUCGUGAAAAGAGUUUAAAGGGGGAAGAAUUUUCGCGAGUAAUGAACGAAAAAAGUGUUGCCUUCGACGAAGAAUUCGAAAUGCGUUUCGGACUGAGUGCGAAAGGUUACUCGAAGGAGCAAGUUGAUUUCGCGAAAGCGGCAAUGAGUAACAUGAUUGGUGGGAUUGGCUAUUUCUAUGGCAGCUCUAUCGUGAAAACAUCCGAAUCCAAGGAACCGCUUGAUUACUGGAGGACUGGUUUAUACACCGGCGUUCCGUCACGGUCAUUUUUCCCCCGCGGUUUUUUAUGGGAUGAAGGUUUUCACCAAUUGUUGGUUCAGAAAUGGGACAUCUCCAUCACACAUCAAGUAUUGAGCCACUGGCUGGAUUUACUUAACUCAAAUGGCUGGAUUCCGCGAGAACAGAUACUUGGAGUCGAAGCACGAAGAAAGGUUCCAGACGAAUUCGUUGUGCAGCAUCAUGAGAAUGCAAACCCGCCGACAUUUUUUCUGACAAUUCAAUCCCUUGUUGAACACGAAAAGUCACAUCAUGGCGAUGUGACGUCAGAUACUGUUACUUUUUUAAAACACAUUUUCCCACGAUUAGUCGUGUGGUUUAAUUGGUAUAACACGACGCAGAAAGGUCGAAUUUUUGGCACGUAUAGAUGGCACGGUCGCGACGAUAAAAUUGAACGCGAGUUAAAUCCUAAAACGUUGACAUCAGGCCUGGACGAUUAUCCUCGUGCUUCGCAUCCGUCAAAUGACGAACGGCACGUUGAUUUGCGCUGUUGGAUUGCAUUUGCGUCGGGUGUUCUUGCUGAUGUGGCUGACAUGAUUGGUGCAAAGAGUGAUCUCUAUCGAGAAACUGAAGAAUACUUAAAAGACAAUCGAUUGCUUGACCGGUUGCAUUGGUCUGACGAGCUAAAAAUGUAUGCUGAUUAUGGCAACCAUACCAAGUUUACCAAAUUAGAAUGGGUCCCAGUAAAGCGUGAACCGAACUCGCCAAAAAAACUCGUCCGCGUUGUAAAGUCCAAACAUGGGCCUUCAUUGAAGUACGUGAAUGAAUUUGGCUACGUCAGCCUAUUUCCAUUCUUAUUAAAAAUAGUUAGCCCUUCCUCUCCAAAGUUGAAAAUCAUUCUUGAUGAUAUUCGCAAUUCUGCAAAGUUAUGGACGGACUUUGGUUUGCGUUCAUUGUCGAAAUCAGCACCUAUGUACAACAAGCACAAUACUGAACACGAUAAGCCCUACUGGCGAGGACCUAUCUGGAUCAAUAUCAACUUUCUGGCAGUCAAAGCGUUAAAGUACUACGCAACGGAGGAGGGUCCGCACAAGCAACUUGCUUCGACUAUAUACACUGAACUUCGUGAUAACAUAGCACAUAAUAUAUUCAAGGAGUAUCAACGUACAGGUUACAUAUGGGAGCAAUAUGACGAUAGAACGGGGAGAGGACAGGGUUGUUACCCCUUCACAGGGUGGUCUGGUUUAGUUACUUUAAUAAUGGCUGAAAAGUUUUAGAAUUAUUUUGUAGUAGAGGUGUAGUAGAAAGUUUUAUUUGCAAUAAAAUUAGGAAUUUUUACUCA